CCAAGUAUCUUCAAUUUACCCAAUGAAAUAUUAUUUAUUAUUAUCAAGAAAUUGAAUAUUGCUGAUGUUAUUCAUUCACUUGUCGAUGUUAAUGAACGAUUUGUUCAAUUACUAUUUGAUCCUCUGUAUAUUCAAAAUCUUAAUAUUACACUUAUGACUAUCAAGUCAUUUUAUCAACGUACUUUUUCAAUACAUGAACAAGUUCUUUCAAAUAUAUAUGAAAACAUCUUACCCAAUAUUCAUCAUCAAGUUAAACAACUUGCUAUUGAACAACAUUCAAUAGAACGUAUUCUCACUCACAAUUAUUCUCAACUUUAUUCAUUGUCACUUGUUAAUUUUAAAGAAGAAGUACUCUAUCAAUAUCUAAGAGAUUAUUCAGCUCUUCGUAAUCUUCUUACACAUCAAAUCACACAUCUAAAUGUUGAUAUUCAGAGUGACGAAAUACAAACAUUAUUAUCUAAAAUUUCAUCAAAUAUAUUUACAUUGAUUUUGUCUCUAUGUCAACGAUUAAUCAAGUUGAAUUUUUCUCAAGUAUUUUCUUAUCGAAAUUCGUUUAUUCCGAUUUGUAAAUUACCAGAAACAUGUCUUACAUAUUCAACUUUGAUCGAAUUAAAAAUAAAUGUUGCAACGUUUAAUGAUUGUCUUUGUCUUCUUAAUAGACGUUUCGAUUGCUUAUCAAAAUUAACUAUCAAUGUAGGAGAUAUCAAAUAUGAACGAAAACAAAUAAACAACAAGAUAAAUCUGAAAUAUUGCUUGGAAGUAAAAGAUUAA